UUAUUUUCUUUGUUUCCAUUUUUUUUAUUUACUAUAUUUUGGUGUUAUAUAAUGUCUCUAGAUUUUACUUUUUGAGUUGAAAAAUAGGCUGUUGGAUGGGCAGGCGUGCGCGCAUACAAAGCACAGAAAGACGCAAACUGCUCUUAAACGUGAAUGGAGCAUAAUACAAGUACAGAAGUAAAAAAAAAGGGAGAAAAGGGAAAUUAUUAAGAUGGAUUAUGUUAAGAUUUUUAAUGAAAUCUUUUUAUUGCAGCUUUUUCCUUUUCUUUUUAAUUCAUUUGUUUUGUGGUUCUGGUUGGUAGUAGUGGGAGUAGUUUCUGAGGAGUUUCUUUUAAGGGAUUGUAUUGUUUGUUUGCUUGCUUACUUGUUUGUUAGGGUCUCUGCAAACCAAUUAGAGGUGGUGUGGGUCAGGUGGGGGUUUCAAGAAGAGGACUUAUAAUUUUCUUUUUUAUCCCUAAUACUCAGGAAGAGAGAAAAAGCAAUGCAGACUCCAAAAGGAAGAGCUGGCUCCUCUGAAGUGCCCCAAAGAAAAUCUCCUGCAACACCACGGACUGCCCGACAACUCAACAUACCUGGAUUGGAUUCUGACUCUCUUUCUCCAAAUCCAGCAAGUAAGACUCCAAAAGACAAAAGUCCUAAAGUACCUGAACGCAGAUCUCCGCGAAGCCCAGCAACUGAGAAAAAGCGCCCAAGCAGAGUAUCUGAAUUAGAGUCGCAGCUUGUUCAACUCCAGGAGGAUCUGAAGAAGGCAAAGGAUCAACUAAACACAUCUGAGACAUGGAAGAGGCGGGCUCAGCAGGAGGCUGAAGACACCAAGAAGCAUCUCUUAGCCAUGUCGGCUAAACUUGAGGAAUCCCAACAGCAACUGAUGGAACUUUCUACUUCUGAGGAUGUUCGGGUUCAAGAACUUCGUAAAAUCUCCCAUGAUCGAGAUAAAGCUUGGCAAUCUGAACUUGAGGCUGUCCACAAGCAGCACUCCAUUGAUUCUACAGCAUUGGCUUCUGCUAUGAAUGAAAUCCAGAAGCUCAAAGGUCAGCUGGAAAUGGUAGUGGAAUCUGAAGCUGCACAAACGAAACAUGCACAGUCGGCAUAUGCUGAGUUACAGGGUUUGAGAAUGGAACUAACUGAAACUCUCUCGCUCGCCGAAAAACUGAAAACUGAGCUCAGUGAUUGCAGGGAGUCAGAAGCUCAAGCCCUAGAACUAGGUAGUAAAACGCAAAAGCAAUUGGAAACAGCAAAUGCAACUGCAGAAAUGCUGCGGUCAGAUGGCAUUAAAGCCACGGAGACUUAUACUUCCUUAUCCUUAGAGCUUGAGCAAUCAAGAGCUCAAGUAAAGUCAUUGGAGGAACUUGUUAUCAAGCUGCAGUCAGAUUUAGUUAAUAGUGGCAAAAAAUUGUUGAAUCCUACAGGAGAUAUUGAACCUUCAGAGGAAAGAGAUGAAAAUAAGGAAAGAAACCAACUUGAAGCAGAGUUGAACUCAGUGAAAUUUGAAGUGGGUCAGUUGAGAUCUGCACUAGAAGCAUCUGAGACAAGGUACCAGGAAGAAUAUAUUCAGAGCACAUUGCAGAUUAGAAGUGCUUAUGAACAAGUUGAACUAGCAAAGUUAGAAUCAGGGAAAAGAGAGGCUGAAUUGGAAGCCGAAUUAAAGAAGGCCAAGAGCAAUAUUGAAGAGUUGAGGGCUAUACUGAUGGAUAAGGAAACUGAAUUGCAGAGUAUUUCAGAGGAAAAUGAGGCGCUAAAUUUGAAGAUUGAGAAAAAUCAGCCAAGUGAAGGAGAAUCUGAGCUUGCAAUGGAGAUAAAGAACUUAGAGCAUGAUUUAUCAGAGUUGAAGGCUUGCCUGUUGGAUAAAGAGACCCAAUUGCAUAGCAUAACUGAGCAAAAUGAAAUGCUUAAGAUGGAAGUCAAGAAGGGAGAAAUGGAGAGGAGUAAAGUCAAUGAUGAAGCUGCUGCCUUGGCAGAAACAGCAAAGGCUGCAGAGCAAGAGGCUUUGAUGAAACUCGGUCAUCUAACAGAGGAAGCAGAUAAAAGUAGCAGAAGAGCAGCACGAGUGAUGGAGGAGCUGGAUGCAGCCCAGGCAGCAAAUACAGAAAUGGAGGCAGAGUUGAGGAGAUUAAAAGUGCAGUCAGAUCAGUGGAGAAAGGCAGCUGAGGCAGCUGCUUCUAUGCUUUCAGCGGGGAACAAUGGUAAGAUUGUGGAAAGAACAGGUUCGCUUGAAAACAACUAUAAUACUAUUGCUGGUACUAUGUGUUCACCUUACUCAGAAGAAAUGGAUGAUGACUCUCCGAAGAAGAAGAAUGGGAACAUGUUGAAGAAGAUUGGUGUUUUGUGGAAGAAGGGUCAGAAGUAGACAGUACCUAGCAGGUUUUUUGUGCUCGGUGGAAGCUAAGUUUCAAUAUGGUGGACAAAUUUAAGGGCUAAGCUCAUUCUGAGACUACUGUGUAGGUAUAUGGAAGCCAGUGAACUUCAGAAUAUCCAUGUUUGUUUUGCCUGAGGUUUGCAUGGGCGUUGGACAAACACUACGAGUAUUUGCAUACUUUGGCCUUGGCAUGUUCUUGUGUGCAGUACAAAGCAGUUGGUCUUUUGCUAUCAAGACAAUGGGUGGGAUUAUGUAUUAUUAUUAAUUUGAAACAGGUGACAGAAGAAAUGGAAGAACAGUUCUAUUGUAUUAUCUCUUUCCAGAUUUACUAAGCUAAUGAUUUGUUACAUCAA